AUGGCAUCAACUGCAGUUCCUCCAGGGGGGCAGAAGACUUUACAAAAGAGAAAGGCAGCCCAGUCUGCUAAGGAGAAGCAAUUGAAGCAAACGCCAGCUUCUACGAGACAGGCUGGGUUUGGGGGUUCAUCUAAUAGUAUUUUGAAGUUAUAUACAGAUGAGGCUAAUGGGCUUAGAGUUGAUCCUUUGGUUAUUCUAUUCUUAGCAGUUGGUUUCAUAUUUUCGGUUAUUGCUUUACAUGUGGUUGCCAAGAUCUCCGGUAAGAUCUUUUAG